AUGUCAUGGGCGAAAAUCAUCGGAAAUUUCUUUAGUGAUGACAACUCGUCUUCUAAAAACGCUCAAACUGCGCCACUUCCCGAUCCGUUGCCAUCAAUUCCUCCCAACUCAACACCAAUUCCUACUUCUCAGGCUCAAGUUGAUUCUUCCUCACAGUACUCCGCAAGUGAUAUCCCUCAGCAGUUGGUCGAGGAAAAUGAAUUCUUAUACCUUCAACUACCCGAGGAUGUUAAAUGUGUUUUGGAUAAAUUGCGUGUAAUCCAAUACUCGGAAAAAUCCAUCAUGUUUGAUCAACAAAUGCCAAAUGGUGAAUGGCAGAGCCCAUUUGCCACCCUUGAAGCCGCCUUGAUGUCGAUCCUUUUAUUGACUCCGACAUUGUUGCUUUCCAACGCUCUUAAAACUCCAUUUAAAGACGAUGAUCACAUAAUUGAUUAUGUUGAGGUUCCAACUUCCGAAAAAUUUACUCCUUCAUCAUCAACAUCCACCCCCUUACAUCAGAUUUCAUUUCUUGACCCUCUUGAAAAUAAAAGAGCAAACUUUUAUAAGAAUCAUAGAAAUAAUUCUUCAAGAUCUUCUUAUAUUUCUUCUGAAACUUUACACACUGAAUUUUCUUUAAAAAGUGACACCACGUCAAUUUCCUCUACUAAAAACUCUUCUUUAUGUAAAGUUUUAAGUGCUUCUUCUUUAUUCACUUACAUCAUGCGUUCGAUAUUAUCGAUGCAUAAUGAAGCUUUAAUAUCUUGUCUCAUAAAUAGAGAAAUGUUGGAUUAUUAUAAUUCUUUAACUAGUCGCGUUUCUGAAGAGGUUGAAACCAUUUUGUCUCAAAUUCAUAGAAUAAAGUCUCAAGGAUGUGAGUCCCACGCUCAGAAUAUUUAUGAUAAGUUGAUAUCACAUUCGGAUCGACUUGUCGAUGCGUUAAAUUUGUUUGUGAACUUUACUCACAAACACCUUCCUGUCGUCUAUGAAGAACUUGGAAAGAAAGUCUUGAGCAGUCUCACGUCCAUUAAAAGAAGAUCGACAUCGUUAAAAAUUUUUGUACCAUCCGCGUCGGAGAAUGUUAGUGGCUAUAGAACUCGAAACCAGCGAAACAAAAGUAUUGGGUCAAGCUCCAUAGUUUCCAAAAAAUCUUCCGCCUCAAUUUCUGUGACCUCAAAUCAUCAAAACCCACGCAAACUUCACCUUCCAUCUUUUCCACGUAAACAUAACAAAAAAGAACCAUAUCAGGCGGACUAUAAUUAUAACGAACAUGGUGGUGAUAGUCCUUCGCAAAGUGUACCAAGUUCACCAGGUUAUUCAAUUAAAAGCAAUUCUCGAUUUAAAGAACAGUUAAAGGGUACCUCUUCAAAAAUAUUUCCUGGUAUACUAUUGAGUCGAAGGCGAUUUUCGGAUGUUUCGGGCACUCCUCCUUUACGAAAGUCGAUCUACAACAUUCCUAAUACAAAGUCAUCCGCAUCCUUGGUAGAAUCCGAUGCAAUUAGUAAUAAAGAUGACAUUGAUGUUAUUUCAUCGUCACGUUCACGUCGAAGUUCAAGUUCUAGCAUAAAAUCAUAUAUUCUUAAACACGUUAAUCCAUUAUCAUUAUCUUCAAAAGGAAAAUCUUCAAAUGUAUCGGAAACUAAUAAUUAUUGGCCCGUUACAGAAGAUGCAACAUUAAAUUCUUAUGAAUAUUUUCCCCAUUCAUCGAAAAUUUCUAGUAGAUCACCUUCAUUUAGUGAUAAAAAACAUAAAUUACACAAAAAUAAUAGUUUUACCGAUCUAAGGAACUUAAAGAAAGUGUGGACGGACGCAGACAAAACCAAUAAUGAAAGCGGUAAUUCUACAUCACAUUAUUUGACUCCACAUAUUGAAGAUGAUGGAGAAAAUUCUAUAGAUGAUAAAGAACGGUUAUUUUCUGCAACUAAUUCGGAGGGAAACGAAAAUAGCCAAAAACUUCGUGAACAACUUUUCCGAAGGAUCGUUACGAAAAAAAGUUCGAAUAGUUUAAACGCUAAAAAGAAGCCGAGUCUUAGUAAUUUGAUUAAGAUUCCUCAAGUAUUUACUCGUCUUAAUGAGGAAGUAAUUGGUAAGUCGGAAGUUUUUCAAAAUAUGGAAGACGGUAAAUUGAAGGGAAUUGAUGACCUUUACAAUGAUGAUCUCGUUAUUGAAACGGUUGACGGAAGUCCGCAAAUUCUUGCUGGAAAAUUGGAUAAAUUAUUGUCAAGAUUAGUUGACGAACAAGAUGCGGAAUUUGUCGAUUGUUUCUUGCACAAUCAUACCUUUUUUAUGUCAUCCGAAUCAUUAUUAAAUUUCAUGAUUCAAAGAUAUCGUAACGUAGACGAAGGUUACCAUCACCAUAAAACUAUAAUAUCUAUACUUGAUCGAUGGGUAACAAUCCAACCACAAGAUGUUCGGUUUGACACAAACUUACGUGAUAGUAUGCGUGCGUUUUUAACGGAUGAAGUAAAGGAAGAGGAGUUUAAGUUGGAAGCCAGCAAGAUAAAAACCAUAUUAGAGCUACAGUCUCUAAUUUCGAUGGACAGAAUGAUGAAUCAAAAGAAAAAUCCGAUAAUUGAAUCCGCUGAAGAGUCGAAUGAUAAUAUCAAAAUCACCAAUUCUGAUAAUGUACCACGGCCAAUCUUAUCGGAUUCUUCUCCAUUAUUGGAAUUUGAAUCAAAGAAUAUAGCAAAAUAUUUAACAUUAAUGGAUUUUGCUAUAUUAAAAUCUAUAACAUUCUUUGAUGUUACGAUCUGGUGGAGAAAAAGGAAAGCACUUGAAACUGGCGUAAACCUUGAUGCCGUUCUCGAAGGAGAAGGACAACAUUCUAGCCAUAUUGAUAGUCAUUUGGACGUUUUUACAAGGAGGAGCAAUAUGAUAAGUCAUUGGAUCGCGCAUGAAAUUUGCAGCUUAAAGACGGUUAAAGCACGACGAAGUAUACUUCACAAAUUCAUUGAAACAGCACGAUACUGUCGGGAGUACAAUAACUUCCAUAUCGCAUCAUGUAUUGCAUUGGCAUUGAAUUCCCGUCCGGUUCAACGGUUGAUAAAGACAUGGGAAUCUCUUUCACAUCAAGAUAUAAUAACUUUUCAAAGUAUUGAAGAAUUAAUUGAUCCUUCAAGAAAUAUGGCAAAAUAUAGAAAAUCAUUGGCAAAUGCUAAGACUCCCGUCAUACCGUUCUUCGCAAUCUUUCUUAAAGAUUUAACAUUUAUAAUUGAAGGAAGUUCAACAUACCUUUCUCCUAAUCAUUUAAGAAAUAAAUUAUUACUACGCAUCCCUUCAGCAUCUUCAACAUAUCCCGAAUCAGGAGAAACUUCACCUAUUACACCUACCUCCCCGUCAUUCUCUCAAAAUUCCUUUAGCUCACAACAACAAAUUUCACCAUUAUUAUUUUCGUCAACACAAAUGAAAAUUUCAUCAACAGUGCCGAACUCAAUACCAAUAUCACCAUUACCUUCACCUCUUCCAAUGAUAUCACAAGGACCAUUAAUUAAUUUUGAAAAAUUUAGGUUUUUAUCAAAGAAUAUUCUUAAUCUAAAACGGUAUACCUCCGAAUCAUAUCCUUUCACAAACCAAUUAUCCGGACCCCCAAAAAUUUUAUCUUCAUUAACGAAAUCGUUACCUUCAAUAUUUGUUCAAAAUGAUUUAAUUAACACACAUAAUUCAUUAUUAAUAAAUAAUUUAAAUAGUAGCGGAAGUGGAAGUAGGCUUUCUCCUCUUGAUCAUAUUGGUGAAGUUAUAGAAAGAAGAAUGUUUGCUGCUGCUGGAAAUAUUUUUGGUGGCAACGUUGCUUCGAUUGCUAUGUUAGAUGGUGGUGAAUUGGAGGCUGAUUUAAUGGUUCUAAGUUUAGAAGCUGAGACUACGGGUAAUGUUAUAUAA